UUUGAAGAAGAUGUAAGGAUACAAAGUUUUUAGGAAGUUCAAGUGUUUUCAAAAGAUUCUUAAAAAUCCUUUUUUGGGGGAGUCUACAUUUCUCUCCUUCACAUUAGGCACUAUGUCUCCCAAAACUGUACUGAUAAGAGGUUGUUCAUCUGGCAUUGGGCUGGCUUUGGCUGUUAAACUAGCAAAAGAUAAGCAGAGGAGGUUCAAAGUGAUUGCCACAAUGAGGAACGUCACCAAGAAAGAAAAGCUGGAAGCAGCUGCAGGGCCAGCACUCAACCAGACUCUAGAGAUCAAACAGCUGGAUGUCUGCGAUGAGAAAUCGAUCCACAACUGUAUUAACAGCAUUCCUCAGAGACAUAUUGAUAUCCUCAUCAACAAUGCUGGGCUUGGCUUUAUUGGUCCUAUUGAGUGUCAAUCAAUUGAAGACAUGAAGGCUAUAAUGGAAACCAACUUCUUUGGUGUAGUAAGGAUGAUUAAAGAGGUCUUACCAGACAUGAAGAAAAGGAGGAGUGGACACAUUGUGGUCAUCAGUAGUGUCCUGGGUUUGCAAGGCAUCAUUUUCAACAUCUACGCCGCAUCCAAAUUUGCCAUUGAAGGUUUCUGUGAAAGCCUUAUUAUCCAAGCACUCAGAUUUAAUAUCUUUUGUCAUUUGAUAGAACCUGGUCCAGUGGUAACUGAGUUUGAGAUGAAAAUCUAUGAAGAUGCAGAAAAAGCUGACUAUUCCCAGACAGAUCAUGAGACUGCUGAGAUAUUUUCUCAAAUUUACAUGAAAAAUUCCAGAGCCAUCUUUUCCAACCUGAGUCAAACACCUGAAGAUGUAGCUGAGAUGAUAAUAUCCUCUAACUACAGACCGCCCUUCCGUCACCAGACUAAUGCCAUGUAUACCCCUAGGAUGGCUCUCAAGCAAGCUGAUCCCACUGGGGCCCUGAUGACCAAUUCAUUCUAUAAACUGAUCUUCAGAUAUGAUAAGCUUUUGCGCAUUAGCCUAAGGGCCAUCCAGCUUCUCCGCUGGCAAGCCCACAAAGUGAAACAAGGUGCCCGAUUGCUGGGCUUUAGAUAGAGUUCUAUGUGAUGGUAGCCCAAACUGCACUGUCAGCAAGAUGGACGAAUACUUAGGGGUUGUUGCAUGGAAACUAUUCAAGCAAUUGCUUAAUGUAUUAGCUUUAGACUAUUGAACUUACACUUUAUGUCUGUUAACCUCUCUUAACUCCCCAUUCUUGUUUUAUGUGCAUUGUAGCAUUAUUAAUUGCAAUGUGUAUAUAAUUAUUUGCAAAAAAACAGAGAAAAAAAAUAAAACAAAGAAGCAUCAAUAAGAAAAGAAAGAAAAUCAAUUUAUAAACACAAGAAGCAUAGCUGAAAAUCAUUAACAACUGGGAAUUUGCCAAAUUCAGAAGUAUAUAUACAAAAAUAUGGCACACACACACAAUCUUGAGGAGAGAAAAAAAGCAAAAAAAGAGCAUCCAUUUUCAAUAUUUUUGACAAGAAUGAUAUAUUAGGAGAACAAUUAUUAAUAUAACCUGCAAAUAGUAAAUAAAUUUGAUUAACUUUUCCUGCUUUUAAAAUACUUUUUGGAGCAUUUCUAUAGUAGUAAUUUUACAGAAAUACAAUCUACAUUUUAAAACACUAUUGAUAAAAUGAAAGAUAUUUUACUUUUCCAAUAUAUUGCAAUAGUCAAUGGGUAACCAUAAAAAUCGAAUCAAUUCAUUUUGUUGUAUUGUAAAACAACCUUAAUUCACUAUUAAAGGCUUUAAGUAAUUUUCUUGGUUUUUUAAAAAAAACCUCUGAUCAAAGCACUAAUUAAUUGGGCAUUACCACUAAAGUUGAUAAUAUGUACCAAUUAAUUUACACCCCAGAUAACACAAUCUAUUAUAUUUCUAGCCUGCAGAAUUCAUGCUGUGCUAAUGGCAAAUUAAUUUGGAAUUGAGUAUUGUUUAUAUGGUGCAGAACAUUAGAAGGCUGUAUUGUUAUUAUCUCAUUUUGUUGUAUUUUACUCUUUCCAUUAAUUCAGUUUCUUAUCCUGCUUUAUUGCAUUUUAUUGUACCUUUUUAUUUUUAUAUGCUAGGUAAGCCUGUGACUUGAUUCAAUUGAAUUGAAUCUAGCACAGUCAUAAUGUAUACAAUGUAACAUUAAUAAAGUGUAAUACCAUU